CGGCCCCCCGCCCCCCCCCGCCUCCCCGGCCACCGCCACAUAAUCCGCGGCCAACUCUGCCGGCAGCAGGAGACGGUUCAUGGCUCACGCCGCGGCUCCACCAUCUUCCAGGCUGCCGGGGCUGUUGCUGACGGUUAAUCAACAGAUAUACAGAUCAGCUCUCAAAAUGUCUUCUGUGUCUUCCGUGCAUCUUCUAAGACAAUUGCAUUAGCCCGCCUGCUAGUUGACUAAUAGAAUUAAUAAUUGUAAAAAGCACUCUAAAGCCACAUGCCUUAUGAAGUCAAUGCUGGGUAUGAUUUUACAAAUAUGGUCCGGAAAAAGAACCCCCCUCUAAGAAACGUUGCUAGUGAAGGUGAGGUACAGACCAUUGAGUCUACAGGUACUGAAAGUGAAGAGUCUGGAAGGAAAAAGGAAUUUUCCACAGAGCAGAUGCAAGAAAAUACUGACCAGGGUGAUGCAGCAGAGUUAAAUAACAAGGAGGAACUUUGCACGCAUGUCCAAGAGCCAUCUUCCAGCACUAAAAAGGACUUGAAAAGCUCAGUGCUGAGUGAAAAGGCUGGCUUCAAUUAUGAAAGCCACAAUAAGGGAGGAAAUGUUCCAUCCUUCCCUCAUGAUGAGGUGACAGACAGAAAUAUGCUGGCUUUCUCAUCUCCAGCUGUUGGGGGAAUCUGUGAGCCCUUGAAGUCUCCUCAAAAAUCAGAUGCAGAUGACACCCAAGAUGUGGUCUGUACCCCGUCAGGAGAUGCAGCGGAGACAAAUGAGGAGCAUCAGAUGUCGCCAAAAGCUUCAGAUGAAACAGUGCAAGUGCAAAGUGGUCAAACUGAUGGCCAAGGCUCAAGCCCAGUCCCCAUGGCCUCAAAAAACCCACAAGUGCCUUCAGAUGGGGGUUUAAGGCUGAACAAAUCUAAAGCAGAUUUGUUGGUAAAUGAUAACCCAGAUACGGCGCCUCUGUCUCCAGAGCUUCAGGACUUCAAAUGCAACAUCUGUGGAUACGGUUACUAUGGGAACGACCCCACAGAUCUCAUCAAACACUUCCGCAAGUACCACCUAGGACUGCACAACCGCACCAGGCAGGAUGCUGAGCUCGACACUAAAAUUUUGGCUCUCCACAACAUGGUGCAAUUCAGCCACUCCAAAGACUUCCAGAAAGUCAACCGCACUGUGCUUUCAGGGGUGCUGCAGGACAUCAAUUCCCAGAGGCCUGUCUUAUUAAAUGGGACUUACGAUGUGCAGGUUACUUUAGGUGGAACCUUUAUUGGAAUUGGGCGGAAAACUCCAGAUUGCCAAGGCAACACCAAGUACUUCCGCUGCAAAUUCUGCAAUUUCACCUACAUGGGCAACUCCUCCACUGAACUAGAGCAACACUUCUUACAGACUCACCCAAACAAAAUGAAAGCAGCCCUUCCCUCCUCUGAUUCUGGUAAAACUUCAGAGAAAAACUCCAAUAAAUCCAGUCCUACACUUCGACCAUGUGAUUCUGGAGACUUGGGGAAGUGGCAAGACAGAAUCACUGUAAAAGCAGGAGAUGAUACACCAGUUGGAUAUUCGGUGCCCAUCAAGCCAAUAGAUUCCUCUAGACAAAAUGGUACCGAUACAACCAGUUACUACUGGUGUAAAUUUUGCAGUUUCAGCUGUGAAUCGUCCAGCUCAUUGAAACUAUUAGAACAUUACAGCAAACAGCAUGGGGGAAGCCAGGCAGGAAGCCUUCACUCAGAUCUGAAUGAUAAGCUUUCUAGGGGAUCUGUCAUUAACCAGAAUGACCUAGCCAAAAAUGCAGAUGGGGAGCUAGUGACAAAGACAGAAAAGGGUGCAAGUGUGGCCAAAAAGAAAGACUUGACUAGCAAAGGAGCAGAGGACAGCAUGGUGACAAGCUACAACUGUCAGUUCUGUGACUUUAGGUACUCAAAGAGCCAUGGCCCCGACGUAAUAGUGGUGGGCCCACUUCUCCGUCACUAUCAGCAGCUGCACAACAUUCAUAAAUGUACCAUUAAGCACUGUCAGUUCUGUCCCCGAGGCCUCUGCAGCCCAGAAAAGCACCUUGGAGAAAUUACUUACCCAUUUGCUUGCAGAAAAAGUAAUUGUUCCCACUGUGCUCUCUUGCUUUUGCACCUGUCUCCAGGGGUGACAGGAAGCUCUAGAGUCAAACACCAGUGCCAUCAGUGCUCAUUCUCCACUCCUGACGUGGACGUUCUCCUGCUCCACUAUGAGAAUGCACACGAAGCCCAAGCAUCUGAUGUCAAACCAGAAACAAACGCCCUGCCAGGGGCAGAGGGGCCGCUGACGCUCAAGGAGAACAAAGAACACUCAUGUACCAAAUGUGACUUUACCACCCAGGUGGAAGAAGAGAUUUCCCGACACUACAGGAGAGUACACAACUGCUACAAAUGCCGUCAGUGCAGCUUCACAGCUGUUGACACUCAGUCACUACUAGAGCACUUCAACACUGUGCACUGUCAGGAGAUGGACGUCACUACAGCCAAUGGGGAGGACAGUCAUGGCAUUUCAUCUAUCAAGGAGGAGCCAAAAAUUGACCUCAAGGUCUACAGUCUGAUUAAUCCAGACCCCAAAAUGGGGGAGCCUAUAUCUGACAGCAUAGUGAAGAGGGAAAAGAUAGAAGAUAAGGAAGUGCUCAAGGAGAAAGGUUGGACUGACGGUCCCAGUGAUGAUCUUCGCAAUGUGACCUGGAGAGGAACAGACAUUUUGAGGGGGAGCCCAUCAUACACACAGGCCAGUUUAGGCUUAUUGACCCCAGUGUCCGUCAGCCAAGAGCAGCCAAAACCUUUAAGGGAUAGUCCAAAUGUAGAAGCUGCCCAUCUUGCACGGCCCAUUUACGGCUUGGCGGUGGAGAGCAAGGGCUUCCUGCAGGGCGUGCCCGCCGGAGCAGCAGAGAAAGCCGGGCAGCUCACCCAGCCCUACCCUGGAUCCGGGGACAGCAAGGCAAAGGAUGAAUCCCAGUCCUUAUUACGGAGACGUAGAGGCUCGGGUGUUUUUUGUGCCAAUUGCCUGACCACAAAGACCUCUCUCUGGCGAAAGAAUGCAAAUGGUGGAUAUGUAUGCAAUGCGUGUGGCCUCUACCAGAAGCUUCACUCGACUCCCAGGCCUUUAAACAUCAUUAAGCAGAACAAUGGUGAGCAGAUCAUUAGGAGACGAACAAGAAAGCGCCUUAACCCGGAGGCACUUCAGGCUGAGCAGCUAAACAAACAGCAGCGGGGUAGCAGUGAGGAACAAGUCAAUGGAAGCCCAUUAGAGAGGAGGUCAGAUGAUCAUUUACCUGAAGGUCAUCAGAGAGAAAUUCCACUUCCCAGCCUCAGUAAAUAUGAGGCCCCAGGUUCAUUGACUAAAAGCCAUUCUGCUCAGCAGCCAAUAUUGGUCAGCCAAACUCUGGAUAUUCACAAAAGGAUGCAACCUUUGCACAUUCAGAUAAAAAGUCCUCAGGAAAGUACUGGAGACCCAGGAAACAGUUCAUCGAUAUCAGAAGGGAAAGGAAGCUCAGAGAGAGGCAGCCCAAUAGAAAAAUACAUGAGACCUGCGAAACACCCAAACUAUUCACCACCUGGAAGCCCUAUCGAAAAAUACCAGUACCCACUUUUUGGACUUCCGUUUGUACACAAUGACUUUCAGAGUGAAGCUGACUGGCUGAGAUUCUGGAGUAAAUAUAAGCUGUCUGUUCCUGGGAAUCCACACUACUUGAGUCAUGUGCCUGGCCUACCAAAUCCUUGCCAAAACUAUGUGCCUUAUCCCACCUUUAAUCUGCCUCCUCAUUUUUCAGCUGUUGGAUCAGACAAUGACAUUCCUCUAGAUUUGGCGAUAAAGCAUUCCAGACCUGGGCCAACUGCAAAUGGUGCCUCCAAGGAAAAGAGUAAGGCACCACCAAAUGUAAAAAAUGAAGGUCCCUUGAAUGUAGUAAAAACAGAGAAAGUUGAUAGAAGUACUCAAGAUGAACUUUCUACCAAGUGCGUGCACUGUGGCAUUGUCUUUCUGGAUGAAGUGAUGUAUGCUUUGCAUAUGAGUUGCCAUGGUGAGAGUGGACCUUUCCAGUGCAGCAUAUGUCAGCAUCUUUGCACGGACAAGUAUGACUUCACAACUCACAUCCAGAGGGGCCUACACAGGAACAAUGCACAAGCUGAAAAGAAUGGAAAACCUAAAGAGUAAACCUUAGCACUUAGCACAAUUAAACAGAAAUAGGUUUCCUUGAUGGGAAUUCAAUAGCUUGUAAUGUCUUGUGAAGACCUAUAAAGCACUUCAUAUAGAGAGCAUGCCUUAUCCAAUAUUAA